AUGGCUUCGAGAAGUGAACCGGAACUUGUCCUUGUCCAUCCGAACGGUGAUCUAAGUUUGGAAGUCGGCAACGAACCCAGCAUCGUGGAAGAAAAUGAAAACAGGGUCCCAAACAGCAAUGUAGAUUCAGAAACAGUUCAGCAGGAAGUCAAGGAGAACAGAAAACCAAGGAUCCUACGAAUCCGUGUUUACAGCAAGUUCAUGACCACGUCCUCACCGGUAUUCAAAGCGAUGCUGAAUGAGUCUUUUCGUGAGGGCCAGCUUCCACUGAGCCCGGCAGAGCCACCGAACAUUGGUAAUACGAACUGGCAAGAUGUAGAUCGGUGUAAAGAGGACUGGGACCGGAAGAGGUAUUGA